CAUUCGAUUAAUUAUGGUAGUAGCAACUCCAUCUCCCCUUAUACGCCGCGGUAACAAGAAAAAAACCGCGGCGUUUGGGGUUCCGACAAUUGACUUGUCGGAUGACAAGUCUAUUGCGUCCGAAAUGAUUGUGAAAGCAUGUGAAGAUUACGGUUUCUUUAAAGUUAUAAAUCACGGGGUUUCGAAGAAGGUGAUCGCGAGAAUGGAAAGGGAAGCCGCGGACUUCUUUUCGCGUCCCGUCUCUGAGAAGGGACGCGCUGGUCCCGCGGCUCCCUUUGGUUAUGGUAGCAAGAACAUUGGCUUCAAUGGAGAUAAAGGUGAUCUUGAAUAUAUUCUCUUGGAAGCAAAUACACUUUCUCUUUCUCAACGAGCCAAAAACUUCUCUAAUGACCCUUCUACUUUCAGCUCGGUGACAAAUGAUUACGUAAGUGCAGUUAGGAAGCUAUCUUGUGAUAUUCUUGAAUUGGUGGCUGAAGGUUUAUGGAUAGAAGACAAUUCAAUUUUCAGCAAGCUCAUAAGUGAUUCACACAAUGACUCUUGUUUCAGAGUCAAUCACUAUCCACCAUUUAUCACACCUAAUAAUGAUGAUAAUCAAGAUGAACUAAACAAUAAUCAUUGGGGCCUAUCACCAAAUCCAUCAAAAUCAAGAGUUGGAUUUGGAGAACAUACUGAUCCACAAAUACUAACAAUCCUUCGAUCAAAUGACGUUAGUGGACUUCAAAUAUAUACUCAUGAUGGAUUUUGGAUACCUGUUCCUCCUGAUCCUAAUGAGUUCUUCGUUUUCGUAGGGGACUCCUUUCAGGCGUUGACGAAUGGUAGAUUUACCAGUGUAAGACAUAGAGUGGUGUCAAUAAAUUCAUGGAAAAGUAGAAUGUCCAUGAUGUACUUUGCAGCUCCUGCUCUUGGCGCUUGGAUAAGUGCUCCUCCUCAAAUCAACAAUAUUACUAAUAUUUAUAAGCCUUUCAAGUGGGGGGACUUUAAACAAAUUGUGUAUUCAUUACGUCUGGCUGAUAGUCGUCUUGACUAUUUCAAGAAUCAUACCCAAUGACGACUUGUUAUUUAUUAACUCGAUCUAUUUGCUCUCUUGUAGAGUAUAACUUAGUACUGAGUAAAAAAAAAAAGAUCUUUUUAGAGGGCCUUGGAGGUGUAUGCAUUAUGCAUGUGUAGUCUAGUUUUUCAUUACAUUGUUAUAAUUAUCCAUAUUGUAAAUCUUUUGUUCACGUUAUAAGUGUAUAAAAGUUAAAGUUAGUUUUUUAUA